AUGUUAUCUAUUAGAUCAGAUCGAUUUUUGAAUGCGAUACCAGGUGUCACUGAUGAACAAUUUAAACAUAGUCAAUUCCUUAAAUUUUACAAUCAAACCGAAAAAUGCCCUUCAUCAGAUUCCGUGAUAGACGGAUUGAUCGGUUUAGGGAUUAUAAAUGAUCGUUCACACGCGAUUUUAACAGCCAUUGAAACUGAACCUGAUUCCUAUAAUAUUAUCAAAGUAUAUUCAUCUGAUUUUUAUCUUGGCUCGAAAAAAUUCUAUAAAUAUAUUAAUGAAGAACUCAUGAAUGACAAUGAAGAUACGUUAGGAAAGUUAAUGCCGUUUAUUCGUCGAGCUACAAGUCAAAUUAAUCAUCAUGAUAUUGAUAGAGGUGGUAUUUUGUAUCGUGGCAUGAAUUUGAAUGAAGAACAACGUAACUUUUUUUCUAUUGGAAAACUAUUUCGAUUUCCUGGAUUCACAACUACAACGGAAAAUAUUGAUGUUGCCAGACGAUUCGGUGAUACAUUGUUUGAAAUACACGUAAAUGCACCAUGCCAUCAAGUGGUACAUAUGGCUCAUAUUUCAUAUUACAAAGACGAAGAAGAAUGGUUGUUUUCUCCUUAUUCACGUUUUCAAGUAAAAGAAAUAAUUGAGGAAUUCAUUAUUUUACAAUCUGUUGAUAAUUUAGCAUCUAUUGAAGAUGAAUAUUAUGUAAGUGAUAGUGAACAGAGCAUUUCAUAUGACUGCAGCAUAAGUGAUACACGCAGUGCUGAAUAUCCAACAAGUGAUACUCGUAACGAAUUUUCAGAUUACGAACAACGAAGUUAUUCACAACAAACAGAAGACAGCUAUACAAGAGAUGAUCAACGAAUAGAUGUAUACGAUAGUAGAGACGAUAUUUCCGUCCGAACAUCAGAUUCUCCAUUAUAUGUUAAUCAGAACACUGCGUUCGAUGAAGAUUUCGAAUAUGCUAAUAAUGAUAAUCGUAAUCAAAACUACUUUUCAAAUUACAUCGACAAUAAUUUUGAGGGCGAUGACGUGACAUAUGAUGGAAGAAGUUUUGAACAAACUGUCUCAAUUGGCAACGAUGGAAUAUCUACAGAUGAUAGUCAAUACAGUUCGCUUACUUCUUUGUCUUAUUCAUUGAAUUGUAUGAGAAUGAUAUCUAACUGCUUUUGCUGUUUCUUAUGUAUGCCACGAUCCACACUUCCUUCAAGCCAAACAAGCUCUUCGUCAACUCAUUCUGAUACAAGUGUAUCCUCUUUUUAA